AUGUCAUUGGUUUGGAGACGACAAUUGUCCUGUGCAAGAAUUUUGCAAUCACAUAUAGGCUCAGCUCCUGUAUUUUUACCAAAGGAUACAAAAGUUGAUAUUACAUCCAUGCCUAUUCCAAAGACCAUAAGAAAGGGUAAUAAAGUAAUGGUCCUAUCUCAAAACAUUAUUGUAGAUGGUCCAAAGGGUAAGAUUUCUAUGGAAGUUCCAGAUUUCGUUGGUAUCAAGUCUUCCUCGGAUAGUUUGAAGAUAAAUGUCACUGUCAACAACAACGCAGACCACAUACAAAAGGCUAUGUGGGGUACUGUAAGAUCACACCUUAAUAAUCACAUCACAGGUGUCAACGAAGGCCAUUUGGCUACAUUGAAAUUCGUAGGAACAGGUUACAGAGCUGCUAUCGAACAAAAUGGUAAAUUUGUCAGCUGUAAAGUAGGCGCCUCUAUCCCACAAGGUCUACCUGUCCCAGAAGGCAUCACUGUAUCGUGUCCAACACCAACUUCCCUUGUUUUGGAAGGCUGUAACAAACAACAAGUACUUUUAUUCGCCGCUAAUUUGAGAAGCUUUCACCCACCCGAACCUUACAAAGGUAAAGGUAUCUACGUCAACAAUGAAACCAUAAAGAUUAAAGACAAGAAGAUCAAAUAG